AGCCAUACAGACGGUUGGAUAAUUGGAUUGGCUCCAAUAAAAAGUGAAAAGUGUGGAAAAAAACAGUGAAAAGUGAAAAAUAGUGUUGAUAAAAAAUGUGUGAAAAGUGAAAUUAAAAGGGUAUAGAAGGCUUUAAGAGAAUCUAUUUCAUUGUUUAGUGCAGAAAAUAAAGGAUUUCCGGCUUUGCCGGCAGGAUUAGCUGAGCAAAAGUAAAUCUAACGAACAUUUAACAACGUACAACAUGGCUCAGCCACCACAUUGGUGGCGUAGCGGUGACAGCGUGGGUGUGGCAUUUUCCUGUGCGCUAUUCUACGUUUGCUGCAGUAGCCUUGUGUGGGCCGAACUAACACCACCAUACUUCAAUUUGGCUACAGGACGUCAAGUUUAUGCCUCGGCCACAUGUGGUGUGGGCACUGAUGGACCGGAAUUGUAUUGUAAAUUGGUGGGCGCUAAUACGGAGAAUGAUCACGUCGAUUAUUCAGUUAUUCAGGGACAGGUUUGCGACUACUGUGACCCGAGUAUACCAGAGAAGAAUCAUGCUGCCGAGUAUGCCAUUGACGGCACGGAGGCAUGGUGGCAGAGUCCGCCACUGUCUCGUGGCAUGAAGUACAAUGAAGUCAAUCUGACCAUCGAUUUCGGCCAGGAGUUCCAUGUCGCCUACCUAUUCAUUCGCAUGGGCAAUUCGCCCCGCCCCGGUCUGUGGACACUGGAAAAGUCCAGCGAUUACGGCAAGUCUUGGACGCCAUGGAUGCAUUUCUCCGACUCCGUACACGAUUGCAUUACCUAUUUCGGCAAAGACUCCUACAAGCCAAUCACACGCGAUGAUGAUGUCAUCUGUUCAACGGAAUUCUCGCGUAUCGUGCCUUUGGAGAAUGGCGAAAUUCCAGUUAUGUUGCUGAAUGAUCGUCCCUCGGCUUCGAACUAUUUCAAUUCAACGGUGUUGCAGGAGUGGACACGUGCCACAAAUGUGCGCAUACGCUUGUUGCGUACCAAAAAUUUGCUCGGCCAUUUGAUGUCGGUGGCGCGACAGGAUCCCACAGUUACGCGUCGUUACUUCUAUUCAAUCAAAGAUAUCUCGAUCGGUGGUCGUUGCAUGUGUAACGGUCAUGCGGACACUUGCGAUGUGAAGGAUCUGAAGAGUCCAGUACGAAUUUUGGCUUGUCGCUGUCAGCAUCGCACCUGUGGCAUACAAUGUAACGAGUGUUGCCCCGGUUUCGAACAGAAGAAAUGGCGACAAAAUACUAAUGCGCGACCCUUCGAAUGUGAACCUUGUAAUUGUCAUGGCCACACUAACGAAUGCGAUUACGACGAGGAGGUGGAUCACAAAGGUUUGUCGUUGGAUAUUCAUGGGCGCUACGAUGGUGGUGGCGUUUGCAAGAACUGCCAACACAAUACAGAGGGCAUUAACUGCAACAAAUGCAAAGGCAAAUUCUAUCGUCCGUUCGGCAAAUCGUGGAACGAGACUGACGUCUGUCAACCUUGCAACUGUGACUAUUUCUUUUCGACCGGCCAUUGUGAGGAGCAAACGGGACGCUGCGAAUGUCGCAAGGCGUUCCAGCCACCGAACUGUGACUCUUGUGCCUAUGGCUACUACGGCUAUCCCAAUUGCCGUGAGUGUGAGUGCAACUUGAACGGUACCGAUGGCUAUCAUUGUGAGGCGAUCAAUGGAGAAUGCCCGUGCAAGAUCAAUUUCGCUGGCCAUUAUUGCAAGCAGUGCGCUGAAGGUUUCUAUGCUUUCCCCGAAUGCAAAGCUUGCCAAUGCAAUAAAAUUGGCUCAAUCAGCAAUGACUGCGAUGUGCAAACGGGCCAAUGUAAGUGUUUAAGCAGUUUUGGAGGUGAACGUUGCGAGCACUGCAAAGACGGCUACUACAACUAUCCCAAGUGCCAAUAUUGCGAUUGCGACAUUCAAGGCACCGAAUCGGAAAUCUGUAACAAGGAGUCAGGCCAAUGUAUUUGUCGCGAAGGUUUUGGUGGACCACGUUGUGACAUGUGUCUCCCCGGUUACUAUGACUACCCCGAGUGCAAGCCAUGUAACUGUUCAACACAAGGCAGCACGGCUAUCACCUGCGACAACACUGGCAAGUGCAACUGUUUACUCAACUUCGCUGGCAAACAAUGCACACUUUGCAGCGCUGGCUACUACAGCUAUCCGGAAUGCUUGCCCUGCAACUGCGACGUGCACGGCUCUGAAGGUGUGACUUGUAAUGCGGACGGACAAUGUUCUUGUUUCCCCAAUUUCGGCGGAAAACUUUGUGACUCCUGUAAAGAAGGUUUUUAUAAUUUCCCCAGCUGUGAGGAUUGCAACUGUGAUCCGGCUGGUGUUAUUGACAAGUUUGCUGGCUGUGGUUCAGUGCCGGUUGGUGAAUUGUGCCAGUGUAAGGAGCGUGUGACUGGGCGCAUUUGUAAUGAGUGCAAACCACUGUACUGGAAUUUAAAUACCAGCAAUCCGGACGGCUGUGAAGUUUGUGACUGUUGGACUGAUGGUACUAUUGCCGCAUUGGACACUUGCCUAUCUAAGUCGGGACAAUGUACAUGCAAACCGCACACCCAAGGACGUACCUGUAAGGAGUGUAAAGAUGGUACCUAUGAUCUGGAUGGCUCAUCAUUGUUUGGCUGCAAGGACUGCAGUUGUGAUGUAGGCGGUUCGGAGCAUAACGAGUGCGACAAGUUAACCGGUCAGUGUAGAUGCCAUCCUCGUGUGACUGGACGUGGUUGCACACAACCGCUUACCACGCAUUACUUCCCUACACUACACCAAUUCCAAUAUGAAUACGAGGAAGGCGCACAGCCAUCGGGUGCACAAGUGCGCUAUCAAUACGAUGAGAAUGUCUUCCCCGGAUUCAGUAGCAAAGGCUAUGCGGUCUUCAAUGAUAUACAGAAUGAAGUGCGUAAUGAGUUUAUGGUGAAGAAAUCUUCAGUGUAUCGCAUCGUAAUAAGAUAUGUGAAUCAAAAUCCGUUCAAUGUGACUGCGAGCAUACUAAUCCAGUCGGAAAAUCCACUAGAGGUUGAUCAAAACGUCAAAGUGUUGUUGCGCCCAACCAGCUCACCACAAUUCGUUACUGUCUCUGGUGUUAAAGGCAAUAAGCCAUCACCCAUCGUGUUGGAUCCAGGCUCCCGUUAUACCUUUACAACUAAAGCAAGCAAGAAUGUGAUGCUAGAUUAUUUCGUGCUGUUGCCAGCGGCUUACUAUGAAGCCUCGGUCUUGACACGCAAGAUCACAAACCCUUGCGAAUUGGGCAAUAUGGAGCUUUGUCGUCAUUACAAAUAUGCCUCCGUGGAAGAUUUCCAACCGUCCACCACCCCAUUCAUUGUCGGCGCCAACGGCAAACCCACCAAUCCCACCGAAGUGUAUGACGAUCCCGAGCAUUUAGCGAUUAUUGGCCAUGUGGGUGAUAUUCCAGUUAUCAGCGAUACUCAGCGCGAUCUUAACUAUAUUGUCGAUGUGCCGCAUAGUGGACGUUAUAUUUUUGUAAUUGACUAUGUGAGUGUACGCGAAUUGGCAGAACCAUAUUUUGUGAAGCUACGUUUGGGCAAUAAUGAAGAUGAUUACGGUACUACCACUUUAUACCCUUGUCUAUAUUCAAUGGCCUGCCGCACGCCUAUCAUCGACGAAAACAGUCGCGAGAAGCCAUUUUACAUCUCCAAAGAUGAUCUUAAACCGGUUAUUGUUAGCACCGACUAUGAGGAUUUUGGACGUGUUGCGAUCAUCUCAGUGACGGCUAUACCAGUUGAGAAGUGGUCCAUCGACUAUAUCGAACCAAGUCCUGUUUGCGUAACCCAUAAUAAUCAAUGUGCCGCACCCAAAUUCCGCUCCGUACCCGAUUCGAAGAAAAUCGAGUUUGAAACUGAUCAUGAAGACCGCAUUGACGACAAUAAGCCCCCGUACGCGGCACUGGACGAGCGUGUAAAACUAGUAUUUUUGGACAAUAAAGAAGCCACAAGCACAAUUGUUAUUGACUCGAAAGUGAGUGAGCCGGGCCGAUAUGUCAUUUUAGUGAAAUACUAUCAGCCACAUCAUCCAAAAUACAACGUGCUCUAUACGCUGACCACCGCCAAAAAUCAAUACAGUGGCAAAUUUGAUAUUAGCCAUUGCCCAUCUAGUUCCGGCUGUCGUGGUGUUAUUCAACCUGCUGGAGAGGACUGGUGGUUCGAUAUUGAAGAUGAUUUCAAAUUUACGUUGACGAAUACACGUCCACAAGGAGUCUGGCUAGAUUACUUAGUUAUCGUCCCAAUAAAUCAGUACAAUGACGAUCUGCUCGUGGAAGAAUUGUUCGAUCAGACGAAAGAGUUCAUCAAGGAGUGUGGCCAGGAUCACUUCCAUAUCACACACAAUGCUACCGAGUUCUGUAAGAAGUCUGUCUUUUCGCUGACAUCCGAACACAAUAUUGGCGCUUUGCCUUGUAAUUGCGACUACGAGGGUUCCAUCAGCUUCGAGUGCCAUCCAUUUGGUGGCCAAUGCCAAUGCAAGCCAAAUGUUAUCGGUCGUCAAUGUAAUGCUUGUCGCACUGGCUUCUAUGGCUUCCCCGAAUGUAAACCCUGUGAUUGCCCCAGUACAGCCAUGUGCGAACCAAAUACAGGUGAAUGCGUGUGCCCGCCGAAUGUGAUGGGUGAGCUGUGUGAGAAGUGUAUGCCCAAUACGUAUGGUUUCCACCAGAUAAUCGGCUGUGAGGAUUGCAAUUGCAACUAUUUGGGUAUUGCCAAUGGCAACCAGCAGUGUGACAUGUUCAAUGGUUCGUGCGAGUGCCGUCAAAAUAUAGAGGGCCGUGCCUGUGAUAUGUGUUCCAAUGGCUUCUUCGAUUUUCCGCGUUGUGAGCGUUGUAGCUGUAAUGUGGCUGGCACACUGCCGGAAAUUUGUGAGAAGAUCGAUGGUAGUUGUUUCUGCAAAAGCAAUGUUGUGGGCCGUGAUUGUGAGCAGUGUCAAGAGGGCACAUACAAUCUGCAAGAGAGUAAUCCGGAUGGUUGUACAUCGUGUUUCUGUUUUGGUAAAACAACACGUUGUGAGAGCGCCUACCUACGCGUUUACAAUGUUAGCUUGCUGAAGAAGAUAACGCUGAACUCUGCGCAAUUCAAUGAAAAAUCCAUUGAUUUUCAAAUUUGGGAUAUACCACAAGAAGAACUGAUGGCGAAUGAGACGACGUUAAAAGCAGACUUUUCCUUCCACGAAGUGAACGAUGAAGAGGCGGAGGAUGUGGUUUAUUUCGGUGUGUUAGAUUAUCUGCUCAACCAGAACAGUCAUAUAUCCGCUUAUGGUGGCGAACUCGUGUACUCCUUAUACUACACCACAGGUCUGUCUGGCAAGCCAUUGUUAGCGCCCGAUGUAAUUUUGUUGAGCAAGGAUCAUUUAUUGGUGCACCAGAGCUACGAACAGCCUUCGAGCAAUCAAGCAUUCCACAAUCGCGUUCAAAUGGUUGAGUCCAACUUCCAAACACAAGAUGGCAAACUAGUUACACGCGCUGAGUUUAUGAUGGCUUUGCGUGAUCUGAAGAUGAUCUUUAUACGCGCCAAUUACUGGGAGCAAACGUUUAUUUCGUAUUUGUCUGACGCAUAUUUAACUCUUGCCGACGAAGAUGAAGACAACUUUGCCGACUACCAAUUCUUAGCGGUGGAACGCUGCCACUGCCCACCUGGAUAUACAGGGUUGUCUUGCGAAGAUUGCGCACCAGGCUAUUAUCGGGAUUCUAACGGUCCGUAUGGUGGUUAUUGCAUACCGUGCGAGUGCAAUGGCCAUGCGCAAACUUGUGACUGUAUGACAGGUAUUUGCAAAGAUUGCCAACACGCGACGACCGGUGAUCAUUGCGAACUCUGCCAGGAGGGCUACUAUGGCAAUGCUACCUACGGCUCACCACACGAUUGCAUGAUUUGCGCUUGUCCACUACCCUAUGAAACCAACAACUUUGCAACCAGUUGUGAGAUUUCCGAGUCCGGAGAUGAAAUCCACUGUGAAUGUAAGCCGGGUUACACGGGUCCGCGUUGUGAGGCUUGUGCUAACGGUUUCUAUGGACAACCGGAGAAGGCUGGUGAUUACUGCAAGCCGUGCGAAUGCUCAGGCAAUAUUAAUCCAGCAGAACCGGGCUCAUGCGACACCAUUACCGGCGAAUGCUUGCUUUGUUUGAAUAACACUUUUGGUGUGGCCUGUAACCUGUGCAAGCCAGGCUUCUAUGGCGAUGCAGUGAAUUUGAAGAACUGCCAGAGUUGCGAUUGCGAGGAGUUGGGCACACUUGAGUGCGAUCCAUAUGAGGGUAAAUGCCACUGCCACGAUAAUGUGAUUGGCGAUCGUUGUGAUCGCUGUGAGCCCGAUCACUAUGGAUACGAUUCCGGUUUGGGUUGUCGCGCGUGUGAUUGUGGUGUGGCUUCUAAUUCAACGCAAUGCGACGAGCAUACCGGGAAAUGUGCUUGCAAACCGGGCGUUACGGGACGUCAGUGCGACCGUUGUGCAGUGGAUCAUUGGAAUUAUACGAAUGAAGGCUGCCAGCCAUGCCGUUGCAAUCAAGGAUACUCACGUGGAUUUGGCUGCAAUGCGUUUACUGGUCAAUGUGAAUGUUUGCCUGGUGCCAUUGGUGAUCGUUGCGAUGCCUGCCCACAUCGUUGGGUGUUGGUUAAGGAUGAAGGCUGCUACCAAUGUGACUCAUGCCACGAUGCUCUGUUGGAUGUGACCGAUAGUAUGCGCUAUCAAAUCGAUCCAGUUAUGCACGAGUUCCAAUCGGUGGCCUUGGCAUUCUUCACAAGUCAGAAGUUGAACUACUACAAUGAAAUUGCCGACAAAAUCGCACCUGAUGUGGCAAAUCUUGACCCGAAACGUAUUAACUUGGAUCCAUCGCGCGCUUUGGUAGCUGAGUUGGAAUCAGAGGCAAAGAUGUAUGGCAAACAGGUUAACUUUAGUAUGAGCAAUGCAUUGGACAGCCGUCAAACGGCGAGUGAAUUGAUAGUGAAUGUAACCGAUUUACGUGAGAAAUCCAAAUUGAGUGCUAUGGAAGCACGUGAUGCCAUCAAUUCGGUAGAUGCGCUCUCCAAAAACUUAGAAAUGGCGGCAAGCACGAAGAUCGAUGCUGCAUUGGAUGAAGCACAACGCAUUCUGCAGAAUCUGAAUGAUACCAAAAUCGAUUUAACAUCCAAUCAGAAGGUGCUGAACAAAUCUCGGGAUCUCUUAACCGAGGUGGACAUACUUAUUUCUCCUGUUAAGAAUCAAAAUGAAACUUUGAUUUUGCUGAAGGAUGAUAUCGGUGAUCUAAGCGAUAAACUCGAAGAUCUCUACUAUUGGAGUGGCAAUGCAACAGACAGAGCCAUCGAUGUGGAACAUCUCAAUGGUCUGAAUAAAGCAGCCUUUGAUAAUUCAAAAUUUGAUACAGUUUCUGAUCAACAAAAAGAAGCAGAUAAACAUAUUGAAGAAGCCGGGAAGUUCCUCAUCAAUGGGGACUUGGCUUUGUAUGAUAUCGACAAGAGAAUUAGUCAGCUAACGAGAGUACUCUCCGAUCUGAAGGAUAUUAACAAGAAUGUUGACGAUGAUUUGCCGGAAAUGGAAAAGGAGAAUAGCGAAGUGAGCGAGUUAGUUGUACAGGCCAUAAGACGUGCCGAUGAAUUAAGUACGAGUGCACAUGGUCUCACGGAGCAAUACGCCGACAUGACCGCCAAUGCCGAGCCAGCUAUAAAGGCGGCUACAGCUUAUAGUGGAAUAGUAGAUGCAGUCUCUUCAGCGCAACAGUUCACCAAAGAAGCCAAAUUCGCUGCUGGCAAUGCGACAGAUAUCACAGAUGGCAUUGAAGACCGCGCCGGACGCGCUGACAAGGACUCUGGUGAGUUGCUGCAAAAAGCACGUGGUGCCUUAAAUAAGGUACAGAGCGAGCUGGAGCCACGUUUGAACGUUUCCGCUACUAAAGUCGAUGAUAUAUCCAACUUAAAUAAGAAUACCGAGAAGCGUUUGGAAGAGAUCAAUAUUGCCUUGCAACAAUUACCAGUGGACAUGCAACGCGAUCUGUGGAAUAACGCCAACCAGAAUGCCAGCGAAGCCUUGAAAAUCAUUGACGGUGUGUUAGCGGUGCUAAGGCCUGUGGGCGCACAAACGGAGAAAGAAUUGGAGAAGGCUCGCAACAUUUCGAAGGAUAUCGAUGUAACCACUAAAGACAUCUCACAAACUAGAUCGCAAUUGGACACUGUGGAAGACACAAUACCGCAGCUGAACGAGUUGGUCCAAACUAUCGAGCAGGAGCAAGCAAACAUCGAAGAGAUUGGCCAAUUACUGGGUGAAGAUAUUGAGAAUUUGAAACGCCAAAUCGAAACUGCGCGGCAAAUUGCUAACGACAUUAAAGUAGGUGUACGUUUCUCUCCGGGCACCGUUUUGGAAUUAAAGACACCAGAGACCACACCAUUAUUAGCCACCAAAACAAAGGCAUCGGCUUUCUUCAAAACCGAGAAACCCAACGGUUUCUUAAUGUACCUGGGCAAUCAUAACCGAACCGCCGCGGCUGGUGCGACGCCUGCUAAUAAAGAAAACGAAGACUUCAUGGCAUUGGAGAUCGUGAACGGCUAUCCAAUUCUGACGAUCGAUGUAGGAAACGGUCCUGAACGCAUUACAAAUGAAAAAUACGUGGCAGAUGGCAACUGGUACCAAGCAGUUGUAGAUCGUACGGGUUCCAACGCAAAACUUAUCAUUCGCGAAGAGCUGGAGAAUGGCACAGUUGCAGAACAUGUCAAUGAACAGCCAUUGCUGGGCGCCAACAAUGUUUUCAAUGUCGACCGAAAUAGCCGGUUAUUCGUUGGUGGUCUGCCACCACCAGCCGACUUCACGCCUCCUCAUGAUAUCCAAAGUAAUGCUUUUGAAGGUGAAAUUGAAGAUCUUAGAAUAGGUGAUGAGCACGCAGGCUUAUGGAACUUCGUAUUUGGUUUGGAGAAUAACCAAGGUGCGCAGCCGCGUGAUAAGUUGCUAACAGAAGAAAUACCACCAACUGGAUAUCGUUUUAAUGGCAAUGGCUAUGUGGCACUAAAGGCCUCACCAUACAACUUGAAGGCGCGCUCCAGCAUACAGUUUAGCUUUAAGGCAUCUAAAGAUUCUAAGGAUGGUCUAAUGUUCUACUACGGACGCAAUGAUCACUUCAUGUCUGUUGAGUUGGUAAAUGGCGGUGUAUUCUUCCGCUACAAACUGGGCGAGCAUAUGGUCUCAGCUGGUAGUGAGGACCGUUAUAAUGACGACAAAUGGCAUCGUGUGGUGGCCGAACGAGAUGGAAGGCGUGGCCAAUUAAAGGUUGACGAUGUGCUGAUCUCUCAGGAGGAAGCACCAGCAGAUGCUAGCGAAUACAUGCCUAUGCCCAAACGUAUAUUCUUUGGUGGUUUCCCCGGUAAACGCAAUCAUUCGGCGGUUGUGGAGCACAAUUUCGAUGGCUGUAUUGAUGAGGUGUCGAUUUCGGGUACAAAAGUGGAUUUGGGCAACAAUGUGCAUGCGCAUGGCGUCAAGCCAGGCUGCCCGAAGAAAUUCUCAACUGUUUUAGCAUAUCCGCCAAACGAAUAUGGCUUCUUGCGCAAGGCCAACGUGUCAUCCAACAAUCAGCUGAAUGUGAAUCUCAAGUUCAAGACACGUCAACGCGACGGUGUGCUCUUCUAUGGCGCCAAUCACGAUCAAAGUGCGAAUAUUGGCUUGACCUUGAACGAUGGCUACUUAAUACUGCGUAGCAUGGGCGCUGAGGUGGUAUCCGAUAUGAAGAAACUAAAUGAUGGCGAAGAACACGUGGUCACGGUGCAGCACGACGGCAGUCAAUUACGCUUGUCCAUAGACGACCACGAAGAUAAGCGUUUACCCUAUGCGCCCGAACCCUUAUACAUUCAAGCGGGUGAUGUAUUCUUUGGCGGUUUACCAGACAACUACAUACCAGUGCGAAAUGCGCUGCCUACCUUGGCGUACUUUGUGGGCUGUAUUAGCGAUGUGACAAUCAAUGGGGAGAUCGUCAAUUUCGCCGACAGCGCUGAAAAGCGCAAUGGCAAUAUUAAUAAUUGUCCAACAGAUAUUUUAGCUUAUGAUGCUGCGCUAGUACCGUUGUACUUCCCAUUGGGCGCAAAUGAACUAUUGCCAGAGCCAGAGUAUCCAGGCAACUUUGAAGCGCCCCCACAACCACCCUUGGCGCCCUUGGCGCCCACACAGGACCCACGCACAACAACAACAUCACGUCCAGUUGAAGUAGUUACGACAAGCAGUACUAUUACAACGUCCAAAGCGCCGCCUACUCAGAGUCCACCCGAUAUUGAUACGCGGUUUGGAUAUGGGGAGAAACAAGAACCAAAACCAAAACCAGAACCGGAACCGGAACCCGAACCCGAACUAGAACCCGAACCUGAUCAACUACCGCAGCCCGAGGAGAAGCCACAGCCACCAGUACAAACGGUGUCUGAGCCAAUAAGGCCAACACUGCCACAAAAUAAACCAGAAGAUCCACGUUGCAAACUGCCAACGAAUCCAAACUUCGAUGUUGAUUCCGAUGAAGCUGGUUAUCGUUUCUAUUCAAUGCGCGAACAACGCCUCGAAAUACCACCGCCAACAAAACUGCGCCGGCAAUAUGACAUAAGCAUUAAAUUCAACACUGCCUACCCAGUUGGCUUGCUUUUCUACGCAGGCCUUAAACAACAAGCCGAUUCUAUCGCCAUCUAUCUUGUGGAUGGUAAAUUGCAUCAUAAACUGAAAAUAGGACUGGAAGAAGUGGAGGUCGCCAGCAAAGAGGAGGUGAACGACGGUGAAUGGCACACCGUUAAAAUCACACGCAAACACCACACAGUGAGCCUUUUCAUUGACCAACUCGAAGUAGACUCAGCCACUGAAAAUGUGGAUGAUAACUAUGAGUUCAACGUGCGCAACAUGACACUCUUCAUUGGUGGCGUGCCAAAGCUUUGGGAGGAAGAAGUCUACCGCAGCAUCAAGUAUGUGAGCGAUGAACAUCCCUUCUACAAUGGGUGUCUAAAGGAGUUGCUGUUGAAUGAUGUGCAAUUAAAGAAGGAGCCAGAGGAAUACCACACAGUGCCGUGUUCAACAGAAAUAGAACAAGGUUUGUUCUUUAGCAAACCCGUAGGCUUUGUGAAGCUCUUCGACCGCUUCGCUGUGGGCACUGACUUCAACAUCAAUUUCGACUUCCGUCCACGCGAACCGGACGGUCUGCUCUUCUCAGUGCAUGGCAAAAAUGCCUACAUGAUAUUGGAGCUGAUCGACAACAGUCUAGUUAUGACUGUGAAAUCAGAUUCUAGAAAUAUCGUCACAACCAAUUAUACAUUGCCCGAUAACGGUAGUUACUGUGACGGAAAAUGGCGUAAUGUGCAGGCGGUGAAGUCGAAAUUCGUCAUCACGAUUUCAGUGGAUUACAUAAGCACACAUCCGGGUGUUGGCACAGAUGGUUCGACGCUAACCAAAACCAAUCGUCCGCUCUUCUUGGGCGGUCAUCAGGCCUUCAAUAAGGCGCCGGGAUUGAAGACAAAGAAGACCUUCAAGGGUUGUAUACGCAACGUACAGGUGAAUAAGAAGGCUGUGCGUAUUACGCCGAAGAUGAUCCAUGGCGAUAUUUGGCAAGGCGCCUGUCCAUUAAAUUAGUUGGACGAUAAUGAAUGAGAAUUAUAAUAAUUAAACGAACAAAAAUGAUGACGAUCGCGUGCUGCUGCUGCAGUGCCACGAGCUUUUGCGAUAAUUUUGAGAGCUUGCGAUGAAAAGCAAAUGCAUCUGUAUGUGUGUGUGUAUUGGUUGCAGCAGCAUCUUCCAAUUGGUUAUAACGAUUUCUAUUUCAACUAUUUGUGUUUUUUUUAUAACUUUGCUUUGACAUAAUCCGUUAAUUGCAGCCCAAUAUAGGGCCUUUUGUGUAUUUAACUACUGUACCGCUAUCACUCAUAAAUACUUUUAUAUUCUUCUAAUAUCUUUAAACAUAUCUA